GUGUGGUACUGAUUCGGUUGUUUUAUAUUGGGACAAAAUUUUCUUAAUGGUCGGUCCAUAUGGUGAUAUGGUUAGAUACCCUUAUGAUGAUGCUAUACAUUUAAUUCCAGAGAUAGAUGGUGUUCGUAUAAUUGGUAGUGACAAAUGUGAAUUUUUACAGAAAGUUCCAGAUGUUAUCGAGGAAACUUUCAAAAUAGGCUCUACUGCUCCAGCGGCAAUGUUAUUCGACGCUUUAGAACACUUUGACAAACGGAGUCCAAAAGCUGAUGAGAACAUACGAAUCAUUCAUACUGAACUUGCUAAUGCAGUUGAUGCUUGUAUUGAAGCUGCAGGGCAUGAGUUUAACCAAGUUCGGCAACGGAGUCUACUUAAAGCGGCAGCGUUUGGCAAAACGUUUCUCGAGUCGUAUAAUUCUGAUCGUUUCGUAGAGAUGUGCCAAAUAUUGAGA